UGGACGGAACUCGACUCGGAUCUGGUGGUUGUGUACGUGGAAGAAGCCAGCGCAUGCGUAGUCUGAGCUCUUCGUCUCAGCUGUGGGAGAAGGGCUGAGGGUACCUCCCGAGCUCGGGGGAGACUGUCGGGGUCAUGGUCACCCGCUGACAGCGCCCUCCGAGUGGAGAAGGAGGCGGGCCGCUCCGUUGCACCAUCCCUGGACCUGAGGCCAGUCGACCCGGCCCUCGGCCUUCCGCCUGGUGCUCCGGCCACUGCCGGCUGCGGAAGGGAGAUGAGCUGGUUCAACGCCUCCCAGCUUUCCAGCUUCGCCAAGCAGGCCCUCUCCCAGGCCCAGAAGUCCAUCGACAGGGUCCUGGACAUCCAAGAGGAGGAGCCCAGCGCCUGGGCCGAGACCAUUCCAUUCGGAGAGACGGGAAUAAGUGCCCCUGUCAGUGGAGGAUGGGACACUUCAACAUGGGGAUUAAAAUCAAACAGUGAACCCCAGAGUCAACCAGUAGUUUCUCCUAAAGCAAUUACAAAGCCAGUUCAGAGAACUGUGGUAGAUGAAUCUGAAAAUUUCUUCAGUGCCUUUCUCUCCCCAACGGAUGCCCAGACCAUUCAGAAGAGUCCAGUGGUAUCAAAACCACCAGCCAAAUCACAACGGCCAGAAGAAGAAGUAAAUAGCACCUUACAGGACUCCUUGCACACUGAGCAGUCAAGAACAACUGAAACAACAGAGUCAAAAGUCAAAGACUCUUCAUGUGUGCCUGGAGAAACUCUGGGAGUAGAGACUCUGUCACCUAAGACUGAAAGCAACGAUGAAAAAAUUGUUAAUAAAGAAUCUGAUCUGAAGGUGUCAGCUGUAAGUUUGAAAGUAUCUGAAAGUGUAACUGAUGUGAAAACCACCAGAGAACAUGUAUCUAAUAUGUCUGCUCAGUCUCUCACAGUAGAAACAAAGGACAUGGCUUUGGAACCCAAGGAACAAAAACAUGAAGACAGACAGAGCAACACACCCUCUCCUCCAGUUAGUACCUUCUCAUCAGGUACUUCUACCACCAGUGAUAUUGAGGUUUUAGAUCAUGAAAGUGUAAUAAGUGAGAGCUCAGCAAGUUCGAGGCAAGAGACUACAGAUUCAAAAUCAAGUCUUCACUUGAUGCAGACAUCUUUUCAACUUCUCUCAGCAUCUGCUUGUCCUGAAUAUAAUCGUUUAGAUGAUUUCCAAAAACUCACUGAGAGUUGCUGUUCAUCAGAUGCUUUUGAAAGAAUAGACUCAUUUAGUGUACAGUCAUUAGAUAGCCGAAGUGUAAGUGAAAUCAAUUCAGAUGAUGAAUUGCCAGGCAAAGGAUAUGCUUCAGUACCUAUUAUAGUUAAUCCUUCUACUCCAAAGACUAAAAUCAUUGAAUCUGUUGAAGGAAAAUCUGAAGAAGUAAAUGAAACAUUAAUUAUACCCACUGAGGAAACAGAAAUGGAAGAAAGUGGUCGAUGUGCAACUCCUGUUAACUGUGAGCAGCCUGAUAUCCUGGUUUCUUCUCCACCAAUAAAUGAAGGACAUAUUGUGUUAGACAAAGUGGUUGAGCAGCAUGAAGCUGCUGAGAGUCAGCCUGCUGUACUUUCCGAGAAGGAAGAUGUUUCCAAGACUGUUGAAUUUCUGAAUGAGAAACUAGAUAAAAGGGAGGCUCAGUUACUAUCUCUUAGUAAAGAAAAAGCACUUCUAGAAGAAGCUUAUGAUAAUCUGAAAGAUGAAAUGUUCAGAGUGAAAGAAGAAAGCAGCAGCAUUUCUUCCUUGAAAGAUGAAUUUACUCAAAGAAUUGCAGAAGCAGAAAAGAAAGUUCAGCUAGCCUGCAAAGAAAGAGAUGCUGCUAAAAAGGAAAUCAAAAAUAUAAAAGAAGAACUUGCUACUAGACUAAAUAGUAGUGAAACUGCCGACCUUUUGAAAGAGAAGGAUGAGCAGAUCCGAGGAUUAAUGGAAGAAGGAGAAAAACUUUCAAAACAGCAGCUACAAAAUUCUAACACCAUUAAGAAAUUAAGAGCUAAAGACAAAGAAAGUGAAAACACUAUUGCAAAACUGCACAAAAAAGUAAAAGAGCAAGAAGAGGAGUUGCAGCAUUUAAAACAGGUUCUUGAUGGCAAAGAAGAGGUUGAGAAACAACACAGAGAAAAUAUUAAAAAACUAAAUUCUCUGGUAGAACGCCAAGAAAAGGAUCUUGGCCGACUUCAAGUAGACACGGAUGAACUUGAAGAAAAGAACAGAAGUGUUCAAGCAGCUCUUGAUAGUGCAUACAAAGAACUUACUGAUCUCCACAAAGCCAAUGCUGCAAAGGAUAGUGAAGUCCAGGAAGCUGCUCUAAGUCGUGAAAUGAAAGCUAAAGAAGAACUCUCUGCAGCAUUAGAGAAGGCCCAAGAAGAAGCCCGUCAGCAGCAAGAAACAUUAGCAAUUCAGGUGGGUGACCUUAGAUUGGCACUGCAGCGUGCAGAGCAAACAGCUGCUAGGAAAGAGGAUUAUUUACGCCAUGAGAUCAGUGAACUCCAGCAGAGACUCCAGGAAGCAGAGAAUCGAAACCAAGAACUGAGUCAAAAUGUUUCAACAACAACAAGACCAUUGCUUCGACAGAUAGAAAACUUGCAAGCAACUCUAGGGUCGCAGACGUCAUCAUGGGAGAAGUUAGAGAAGAAUCUUUCUGAUAGGCUUGGUGAAUCCCAGACCUUGUUGGCAGCAGCAGUUGAAAGAGAACGUGCAGCUACAGAAGAACUCCUUGCCAACAAAAUUCAGAUGUCUUCCAUGGAGUCACAGAAUUCUCUUUUAAGACAGGAAAACAGUAGAUUUCAGGCUCAAUUAGAAUCAGAGAAAAAUAGGCUUAGAAAACUGGAGGAUGAAAAUAAUAGGUACCAGGUUGAAUUAGAAACCCUAAAAGGUGAAUAUGUAAGAACACUUGAGGAGACAAGGAAAGAAAAGAUAAUGUUGAAUAGUCAGCUAGAAAUGGAGAAAAUGAAAGUUGAACAAGAAAGGAAGAAGGCCGUUUUCACUCAAGAAGCAAUAAAAGAAAAGGAUCGGAAGCCAUUUUCUGUUUCUAGCACUCCCACAAUGUCUCGCUCAAGUUCAAUAAGUGGAGUUGACAUGGCAGGGCUACAAACAUCUUUCCUGUCUCAGGAUGAACCUCAUGAUCACUCAUUUGGAUCAAUGUCUCUAUCAGCAAAUGGCAGCAAUCUUUAUGAAGCUGUAAGGAUGGGAGCAGGAUCAAGCAUUAUUGAAAAUCUGCAGUCUCAGCUAAAGCUAAAGGAAGGAGAAAUUACUCAUUUACAGCUAGAAAUCAGCAAUCUAGAAAAAACUCGCUCAAUAAUGGCUGAAGAACUUGUUAAAUUAACAAAUCAAAAUGAUGAACUUGAAGAGAAGGUGAAAGAGAUACCUAAACUUCGAACUCAGCUAAGAGAUUUGGAUCAAAGAUACAACACUAUUCUGCAGAUGUAUGGUGAAAAAGCAGAAGAGGCAGAAGAACUUCGAUUAGAUCUUGAAGAUGUAAAGAAUAUGUAUAAGACGCAAAUAGAUGAACUUUUGAGACAAAGGCUCAGUUAAGCUUCUGGAAAUUACAUUCCCAUCAAUCUGAAUGUAAACAUUUACUAUCUACAUGUAGACUUCCAAUAAAUUCUUUUAUAGAAUUAGAAAGUAGAAUUUACUGUAGAGAACAACAAUUGAAGAAAAAAAUUUUAUAGUGUAUAGUAAUAUUUGCAGUUAAAUUAUUUUGUGCAAUAUUUCAAUUUUAUUUUUAGAAACUAUUCUUUAAAGAUUUAUUUUUUAAAGCAUUUGUUUUUGUUUUUUGUCUUUAAUAGCACAGAGAUUUAUUACUUUAUCCUGUUGUCAAUAUAGUUAGGGGUGGAGAAUGGUGUUCAUAUAUGUAUUGUAGAUAAAUAACUAAUUGUAUCUAUAAUUUAUAUGUGUUUGUAUAUAUUGAAAACCUUUAACAAGUGAUAUUAACAUAUUAAAACUUUGAAAUCUUUCACACAUAAGUCUUCAUAAUAUCUAGUUACUGCUCAUGAAAAUGAAUGUUAAAUGUUCAAGUAAAAAAACUUAUUAAACCUGUGAUAAAUUUUAAACUAAAUUUUUUUUUUAAAUAGAAGUCAUGCUGAAACACUGUCUAAAAUUUAAAGGAUGAGUAAUUUGAACUUGAAAAUUUUUGUGGUCUAAAAAUUUAUUUCACCCAGGUUCCACAAUGGAGCCCAAUUUGUUAUUUACAUAGAGAAAGCUGUAGCUAUUAGAAGUUAUCAGGCAGAAUUGGGUAGUGGAAAAAAUUUAUUUACAAUGAUUUUGUGAUACUGUCAGUAACAUUUUGCUGACUUUUUACUACUCUAUAAAAUCAAUUAAAAGUAAUAAAAUUAUUAACAUAGUUUUCUCUUUAAAAUUGUCAGCAUUUUUUAAAGUCUUAUUUUGGGCACAUUAAAAAAUGAAUGUUUGAUAUUACAAAAUAUCCAUAACAAAAUGGAGAAAUUAUAGGAGUUAAUUUAAGUUUGUCUUUUUUUGUAAUUCCGUAUAAUGUCAAUUUUUCCUUGAACCAUUAUACAUAAAUAUAGUAUGAAAUAGCUUUAAAAGUGUCUAUUCCGUUUUCCAAAUAUUAUUUUGUUCAAAAGUUAACCAGGCUGUUUUAGACAUGUGAAAUAUUUUGAUACAUUUAAUUCUGAAUGUCAUUAAGUUGCCCUUACUUGCAAAUAAAAAGUCUAAUUUUUUUUUUUUUAAUUUUAAACAUUAAAAUUUAAGAGCAUAGCCUCAUGUAAGCCAUGCUGAAAAACGUGGAAUGCUUUUCAGGGCUAUUCAAGUGACCUCAUUUUUUUUUUUUUUUUUUUUUUUUUUUUUAGAUAGUAUUUCUGUCAUCAGAUCUCUGAUUUGUAGCUUAAUAAAUAUUCUUCCAAAAUGAGCCAAAUGAAUAAAAUUAAUUUUCUACAUCAUAGUGGCAAAAUGCAGUGUAAUAGCUUUUUGUCUUUUUAAUAUUCAGGGGCUAACAGAAUGACAAGACUAAUAGCAAUAAGAAAUGUAUAGAAUUAGAAAUAUAGGAAACUUAAGUUGCAAAAUUCUGUCAGUCAUUUGAAAAUAGAAAUUUAGAAAUAAUAAAAUUGUUCUUUCAGUAUAUUCAUCAAUGAGGAAAAGAACCCUUUCAGUUGUGGAAAAAGAUUGAAUAAAACUCCUAUACUUUCAGUUUUAUAGUAUUGAACAUUCUCUUUUUUUUUUUUUUGAACAUUCUCUUUUCUUAAUCCUUAUUAGCAGUAAAUAAAAUCAGUUCAAGUUUAAAUGUUUAAGUGUUUUCAAUUUAUUUUAAAAAUGGUAAGCAGCUAUACAAGUCUUUGUAUUGCACCAUAUAUUGUCCUUUAUUCACAAAUUAAUAACUGAUUUUCACAUGAUCUUAAUUUGAUUAUUACACACUUAUUCUCAGUACAUUUGUGAUUUCUUGUUAAGUAAAUAUGCUAAAUUAGUUUUUGAGAAAAUCCACAAGGUGGCAGAAUACCUACUGAAUAUCUGUUGUAUUUUGCUGUUUGUCAUUGAAAAUUUUCUAUCCAUAUUCCAGAAAAAAAAAUUAUCUUUUAAUAGAUAAGAAAAUAGUUUGCAGUUUAAUGUUUUCCAUUCUUGAAAGAAAACAGAUACAACGAUUCCUGCCAAUUUCAAGAAAAUAAAAAAGUAAAAAGAAUGUUCAGGAAAUUAUUUUUCUCAUGAUCAUUCAGUUCAUGUUUGAUUAAUUGAAUGUUUUGCUCAAAUACUUACUAAAAGUAUGAAAUAAAUAGUAUUUAGAAAAUAGCCACAAGAAAAAAGAAAAAGUGAUAUUUGAUCCUUUUAAAUAACUGUUUGCUUAGUAGGUAUACAUUUAUGUUCC